AUGUUUGGAUUUUGUUGUGGCUUGGGCGGUUUUUAUGAUGGUCCAAGCCAACUAGCGCUUCCCUCCUGCUCCUGCUUUUGCGUUGAAGCCUGCUGUAGUACGUCCUUGCCAUCUCGCAGUUGGUAUGGGCCAGUGCUGUGGCAAAAGUGGUCAGAACUGACUCACGAGAACAGUGCAGACAUCUUCAAGCAGUUUGACUACAACAGCAAUGGCGAGCUUGAAGCAAGCGAGUUGAGAAAUUUCUUGAAAGCAGCAUUCCCAAGAACGGAACUCUCAAAGGAGGAGCUCAGCGAGUUGGUGACUCAGUUUGAUAGUGACCAGAAUGGCACCAUCGGCCUCAAUGAACUUCGGGCAUUUCUUCGAUGUUACAAUCCGGAAUCGAAGACCAUACAAAGGAAGACAGCCCUUCUCGUCAUUGAUGUGCAGAACGAUUUCAUCUCAGGAUCCUUGGCUGUGCAGAACUCUGAAACGAUUGUGAAGGUGAUCAACCAGAUCCGAGAUAAAUUCGACUGUGUGGUGAUCUCUUAUGACUGGCAUCCUCAGGACCAUUGCUCCUUUGUGGAAAGUGCGAACGAUGGCAAGGACAUGUCCGUCUACAAAGGGCAGAAGGCAAAUAUCGACUCUUACUCGGCAUUCUUCGACAAUUGCAAAGCCAAUGACACUGGCCUCACCAAGCAGUUGGAAGAUGCUGGCGUGACGGACGUUUACUGCUGCGGCUUGGUCUUUGAUAUUUGUGUGAAAUCUAGUGCUUUGCAUGGAGCGGAGAAUGGAUUUCGUGUGUCCGUGAUUGAAGACGCGUGCAAGCCCUUGAACGAGACUGAGGUCGAAGGCACCCGGAAGCUUCUCGCCAACGCGGGGGUACAGGUCAUGAGUUCUGCGGAAGCCACGCGAGAGGUGAGCGUGCAGAUGUCCGGAUCCAUGCCCCUGAAGGAGUUUCUGCAGUCAGUAUCGGCUAUACGAUGCGAGAGCUACGAGGAUCGAGGCUUGUCGCCGGCAAAUCGAAGGAAUCCCCAUGAGCCGCUGGUGGAGAUCACGGACCUGUCGUUACAGCACGGUGAAGGUGAAUACCAACAUGCUCCUGCCCAGACGCUGGGAAGGUUCACGCAGAAAGGGUGGUCGCCGCAGCUGCUCAACGCCACGGAUCUCUAUGCAUCGUCUGGCAAGUACACAGGCCGCCUGGGCAUGUACAUGUCUGUCGCACGGUCGCACGGUCGCAAGUACAGGGGCGUGGCACUUCUUCAUAGCGCUGCAACUCCGUUCGGUCUACAGCGAGAUGAACGUUGGACGUCCACCUCGCCUGCCAGCUGCGAGUAUUGCACGAAGGAGGACGAUUGCACCAGUGGCAUGGAGAGGCAUUUGGCGGACUGCGUUCGCACCGGAGACCUGAAGCGCAUGGAGGAGGAGCUGGAGGACGAGGAGAAGGACCUCGAGCCCUGGGAAGACAGCGAAGUCUUUGAGGCUUGGGGGCAUAAAGGUGCCCAGCUCCACGACAGCGAUGCUGAGGACGGUGUUUCGGCGAGCGAUCACCCCGAGCCCAACCUUUUCGCGACGCACGUGUUCAGCGAUGACCGAGAAGUGAUCCAUUGCGUCCCACGGACCACGGGAGACUUGGAUUCCUUCGGUCGACAAGAGCCCAAGAUGUGCGUCACGGUGAAGGUGACCGUGCCUGCUCUGACGAUGCGCGACGAGAGCACUCGGCUCAUUGAGGCCAAGCUGAAUACCACGCUGCAGGUCAUUGCGAAUGCCACGCAGAAGGCCGAUGCCAAUGCGAGCGCUAGUGGAAAAUCUCGACGCCAGGCUGUUGCAGAGGUGCAAGCAGAAGCCAAUGCCAGCUACAAUGCCACGGCCUACGCGGAAGCCACUUACACAGCCUAUGCAGAAGCCACGGACCGAGCCACUGCGACCUACAAGGCGGUGGCCACCGCAGAAGCCAAGGAGAAGACCAAGGUCGGUGCCACGGACGUCACUGCUGCGGCCCGGCGCAAUGGCACUGGGGCGGCCACGAAGAUUGCGAACGCCACCAGGAGCGUGAAGGCCAAAGGAGAAGCAGGAGUGCUGGUGAAGCUGAACCAAAGUGGGCAUGGCAAGGCAAGUGCAGAGGCCGAAGAGAAGGCUACCGUGCACUUAGAGGAUGUGGAGCGAGUCACCAAGAAUGCGACGGUGACGGUGGAAGGACAUGGCGGUCUCAAGAAGGUCUUCCAGGCGACGGCCACAGCGAAAGCCAUUGUCGAGGCGAAAGCAUGCAUCUCUGCGCGGCAGGCACGCAAGAUGCUCAGCGAGCAAACGAUGAAGGACUCGGGUAAGAGCUUCGCCCGGGCGGUCUACAAGAAGGCAGAGCGCGAGGCCUACGCCGAGGCCAAGGACCGCGCCACGCGCACCGCGGUGAAGCUGGCGACGGAGGCAGCGCAAAAGCGCAUCGACCAAGACAUCGAGCAUCAGGUGAAGGACUACACCGAGGCGCUUGCGCACCGUGAAGAGCUGGAGAAGAUGGCGCUCGAGGAUGCUGUCAACAGCACUCGCGACCUGAAGGAGUCUCUCCAGGCGAAAGCAGUGAAAGAGGCGAUGCAAAAGGCUGUCGAAAAGGUCAAGACGGAGGCGCCUCUGGAGGCCCAGCGGAGGGCCGAUGCCAAGGCCAAGAAGGCUGCUGAAGAUCAGGCCACGAAGCUGGCGACCGAGGAAGCCCGCGAGGAGGCGCAAGAAGGCCUCGAGAAGAAGGCGGUGAUCAAGGCUCGCGAGGAAGCUCAGGACCUGAACUGGCGGGACGACUGGGCACCAGACGACUGGGGUGAGGUGAUGGGGUGGGGCUCGAAAAUAGGGAGACGUUCCGCCCAGUUCGACAUCCUGGAGGAAGGGAAAUAA